AUGAUAAAAGUACACGGUUAUCAGGUUAUUCCCUCGGAAUUGGAAGCACUCUUAAUCACUCAUCCUGGGGUAGCUGAAGCAGCUGUCGUCGCCAUUUCCGAUCAUGAAGCUGGCGAAAGGCCAGUUGCUUUCGUUGUUCUCGACAAAGACAAACCUGCGAGUACAAAGCAAGAUCAUGGACUACGUUAA